AUGUAUAAUAAUCAUUUUGAACUAGUUGGUGAUGAUCUUUUCGUUAACUUUUUGAUGGAUUAACCAUAGUAUAUUCUUAAAUCUUAUAAAAAGAAACAAUUUUCCUCAUGUUAAUAGUAAUUCAAACAUCCAUUAUCCUUUAUCAGAAAAUGAAGGCCAACCUUAAUAAUAAUAAGAAUUUAUGUUAGCCAAUUAAUUACCUCCAUAGAAUCUAAGAAAAAAACAAUAGAAAAAAAAGAAAAUUGAUGAAACAUUACUCAAUAACAAAAACAACCUUAAGAAUACAUAUAUAAAUAAGAUUACAUCUUUAAUUUAAGAGACUAAAUCAACUGUUACUCCUAAAUACGAAAGAAAAGCUUCAACUUAUACUGAAGAUUCAGCCUAAGCAAAAUUAAUUCGUAAUAGAGAAUGUGCUAGAAAUUCAAGAAAAAGAAAGAAGAUCUAUAUUGAAUUAUUAGAAACUAGAGUUAAUUCUCUAAAUGAAGAACUAGAAAAAUGCAAAAGAAUCAUUAAAGGAUAAAAUAGUUGUUAGCAAUAUUUAGGUUCAAAUCCAUAAGUAUAUACUCUAAAUUAACUUAGUUAUAAAACUUUUUUUUAGGUAGAUAACAAUUAUUUGAAAAACUUGAAAAUGCUAUAAAAAAUCAUUCAGAUAAUAAUGAAAUUAAUCUUCUAUUGGAUUCUAUGAGAUUUAGAGUUGGUGGAGGAGGAAAAGAAAGAAUUAAUGCUUCUAACUAUUUCUUUCAAUAAAUUAUGGAAAUUUGUUUCCCUAUUCAUGUUAGAUAUAUGUUAUGGGCAGCUACUUCAGAUAAUUAAGAACCUACUUGGUUUACUAAUCUAUCUAAAGAAAUCAAUCUCACUGAAAUUUAAAAUAAAUCCUUAAAAAAAUAAUACAAACGAAUUCAAUCUGAUAAAGAUAAACUAGAAUAGUAAUUCAUUAUAUUUAUAUAGAUUAAUCAAAUAAUUCUAAAAUGUUAAAGAAAAUCUCUAUUCUAAAACUUAUUAAUUGGAAAAUUUUAUAGAUGAACUCAGAGGAAUACUGACUCCUACUUAAAUUGCUACAUUUCUAAUUGGUCUUGAAAAAGUAUUAUAUAUAUAUUCUAUUCUUUAGAAUAAAUUUUAAAAAGAAAUGAGUAUCUCUAAUCUAUGGAAAAUAUUCGAUGAAGAGUUCGAAACUGAAGUCAAAGAAGAAGAUUCUAUUCAACAAGACACUUUAUAAAAAAGAGUACAUUUAUGA